ACCCAAUUUUCCUUCUUCCUCUUCCUGUGAUUAUUUAACAACUGUCAGCUGCUCGGAGUGAAAUAAAUUAAUUUUUGCGAAUAAAUUAAAUAAAAAUACAACAGGAUGGCAGUGAGAUUAUUCUCCAAAUUGAGGGUCCUCCCUGAAAUGAAGGGGUUAUCCUACUCCAGUGCAGCUGCUCCAGCCACCUUGUCCGAUUUCGAUAUGCAACACAAGACACCAGUUAUCAGGAAGCAGAAGUUAAUCCCGAAGGCGCAGUACGGUGGUCGUCAUGCCGUGACCAUGCUCCCUGGUGGUGGUAUUGGUCCUGAAUGCAUGGGUUACGUCAGGGACAUUUUCAAGUACAUCGGAGCACCAGUCGACUUCGAAGUGGUGGACAUUGACCCCACAAUGGACAAUGAUGAUGAUGUGCAGUACGCCAUCACCACUAUCAAGAGGAACGGUGUGGGCUUAAAGGGUAACAUUGAAACAAAGAGUGAGGCAGCCUACGUGACGUCUCGCAACGUGGCCCUCCGCAACGAACUGGACAUGUACGCCUACAUUCUCAAUUGCAAGUCCUACCCAGGCAUUGUAUCAAGGCAUAAAGAUAUAGAUAUUGUUAUUAUCAGACAAAACACUGAAGGUGAAUACGCCAUGUUGGAACACGAGUCAGUUAGGGGGGUCAUUGAGUCGAUGAAAGUAGUUACCGCGAGCAACUCCGAGCGCGUAGCUAGGUUCGCAUUCGAAUUCGCGAAGAGGAAUGGCAGGAAGAAGGUGACGACAGUCCAUAAAGCGAACAUCAUGAAGAUAUCGGACGGCCUCUUCUUGGAAACAUCCCGUCGUAUGGCCAAGGAGUACCCGGAGAUUGAACAUAAUGAUAUGAUCAUAGACAAUUGCUGUAUGCAACUUGUCGCCAAACCCCACCAAUUCGACGUGAUGCUAAUGACAAACCUAUACGGUUCCAUCGUCUCCAACGUGGUGUGCGGUAUACUGGGUGGAGCUGGUCUUCUCUCCGGCAGGAAUUAUGGGGACCACUACGCUGUGUUUGAGCCAGGCACCAGGAACACAGGUACCGCUAUCGCCGGCAAGAACGUAGCCAACCCGAUCGCCAUGAUCAACGCCUCAGUGGACAUGCUGGAGCAUCUCGGCCACCAUCACCACGCCGGUCUGAUAAGGAAAGCCGUCAACAAAACUAUCAACAUUGACAGAAUCAUGACGCCCGAUGUCGGCGGCACGGCCAGUUCUACGGACGUCGUCAACGCAAUCAUAGGUAAUAUUGGACAGGAAUAGAUUAUACUGGAAUGCAUAUUGCUGAAUGGAUGAUAAUUUGGUAAAAAAAAAUGUGAUCAUUUCUGUAAAAAUAUAUAUUUAAAUGACGUUGGAUUUAACCGCGAAAUGCAGUCGUUUGCAAAUUUGCAUUAACAUACCUACGUUCUAUUACAAUUUUAAAUGUGAUCCUGAAUUUGAAACGAGAAUGAGAAU